GGAGGGGUGGUGUUGGGCGACGUUCCGCCAGCCUAGCUAGUAGCUACUUGCCGGAAAAAGGAGAGGAAAAAACAUGUCAACGCCAGCAGCGGCGCUGGAGGAUGAGGACCUCCUCCGGGAGAUUUUUCUCCGGCUCCCUCCGCUGCCGUCAACCCUCUCCCGUGCCUCCCUCGUAUGCACGCGCUGGCGCCGCAUCCUUUCCGAUCCCUGCUUCCUCCGCCGUUUCAGCAGACACCACCCGGAACCACCUCUCUUGGGCUUCUUCAGACGUUCACGUCUCACAUAUUCCGUCUUGACUCCCAUCUUGGAUCCACCCGACCGCAUCCCCGCCGAAAGCAGCUUCUUUUUUCGCUUUCUUCACAGCAGCUUCAGGAGACCUCCGUCUCCGUUGGGUUUCUCCAAAGGGUCUCUUGUCUCGUAUCCCAUCUUCGCUCCCACCUUGGACCCGCCCAAUCGCAUUCCCACCCAACGCUUCUUUAUGCCCGAGCACUUGGCGAAUUGGGAAUUACAAGGCUGCCGCCACGGCCUCGCCGUCAUGCUCAGCGAGUCUUUGUGUGAGGUCUUCGUGUGGGAUCCCCUCAACGGCCAGCAGCACCGGGUGCCUUUUCCACCGGAGCUCCGCGACGUCAAAAGGGGGAGUUUCUGUUUGUGCAGCGCCACGGUGAUGUCUGUUGACGAUCAAACCGCCCAUGUGCACGACGAUUGCUUCUUGAGCCCCUCCUUCAAAUUGGUCUUGAUCUGCACCAGCAGUGACUUGAAGACAUCAUUUGCCUGUGUCUAUGAAUCGGCGUCCGGUGUAUGGGGGAAUAUUGUCUCAACAUCCACUACUAAUAUGGUUAGGAAACUAAGGCCCAGCAUCCUCAUCGGGAAUACGGUUUACUGCUUGUUUCAUGGGCGCGAAAUCCUUGCAUUUGAUAUUGAAAGGCAGACUCUUCAUGUCAUCGAGAUGCCGGCAGAGGUCCAACAUAUCAACAAUUGGUCCUUUCAUCAGCUCUUACGGACAGAUGAUGAUAGUCUACUUGGCCUCGCCGUCAAGUCGAAACUAGGCAUUCAUAUAUGGGAGAGGAAACUUAAUUCUGAUGGUGUUACCGGAUGGGUGCUUCUGCGGAAAAUCAAUCAAUUGGAGGGGAUCCCGUCUGGCGCCUUCAGAAAUGCAGAGAUGGUGGGGUAUGACGAGGAGUUAAAUGUGAUGGUUCUUUCUACCUACAGUGGCAACUUCAUGCUCCACCUUAAGACGAUGCAGAUUAGAUUUAUUUCUAAAACGCAUAGGUGGGCUGAUACGAUCUAUUUUCCCUACAGAAAUUUCAACACUACAGGCAGAGGAGUUGGAUGGAAAUGGGUGGAUCCAAAUCUCUGAACACAAGAGGUCUGCCAAUGUGCUAUGUCGGUUCAACAGGUGAGCUACCAGAUGCCAUUGUUGAUCGUUCUCCUACGAAUGAUGUCUUGCCUUGCAGUCCAAUAUGCGAAAUGUGCACCUACUUCACGAUGGUCCAGUUGUGGCCGCCGAUGUUUUAUUUCUUCGAGCUUCGUGGAUGUUUCAGUUUUUUUAAAUGCUAUUAUGUCUUUGCC